AUGACCGUAGACGAGCCGCAAAUUGUGGCCAUCAGUGUGGGCCACAAGCAACCAGUGGGUUACCUGAAAGAGGAGUCAACAUGGAUCCAUUGUCCUGCGUGCGAAAAGUUUGGAACGAGUGUGGUCAUAUUGGAGGUGGUUACCUGUCUGCAGAGAUUUCUGGGACUCACGAAACUUUGUAAAAAAUGGCAAGGACGUCAGGAUAUCAAUCACUAUUGUUCACACUGCGGCUGCUUUAUUGGAAGAUUUGUGCCCAUCAGCUGCAUGGAACGCUGUCUUUCGAGAUCAGCUCGCAAACAGGCUGCUGUGGAUGACAUGACUCUGAAGACUCGUCCAAAGGAUUGUGCUGAAAGGGCCCAGAAGUCCAGGGAGAAAGUUCUGGCCAACAGAGAAAAGAAAAGAGCAGAGAAGGCAGCUAAGGAACUGAGCAGACAAACACAAAUAGCAGUACACCAAUGAUCGAGUUUUUGUUUGUACUCACUAUGCAAAAGCUUCAUAUAAUAUUCUAGCCAUAUACACAAAUGUUUACGCAAGGUAUAUUUUGAUGAUUGUAAAGGUUCUAAUAAAGAAUCUUGGUAAUACGGAUUUGCUGAAAAUUUAU